AUGGGUUUAAUCGACAUAACUAACAUAAAAACUGAUGCUUAUGCGCCGAGCCUCCCACUUUUCGCAGCCAGGACAGGCGCAUAUUCACAUCCGCUGUCGAUGGGUGCCAUGAUGGGUGCAGGUACCCAUGUGGAGGCCGGAGCGGGUGCUGCGUUUUCCCCGCCGACCACAUUAUCGCCGACCCUCCCACCUUUCUCAGCCAGGACAGGCGCAUAUUCACAUCCGCUGUCGAUGGGUGCCAUGAUGGGUGCAGGUACCCAUGUGGAGGCCGGAGCGGGUGCUGCGUUUUCCCCGCCGACCACAUUAUGUAAGUACAAUCAUAAAGAUACCUUUUGA